GCUAUUUGAUGUCAACACCUUAGAUAAAAAAGUUUGAAAAGUAAAACCUAAUUCAUUUUUUUAAAUGUUGCUUUAACUUAUCGUAGACAUUACUUUUGUAAAUAAAGCACUCUAGCCUAUUUUUUAACGUAACGAUUAUAUAAAAUAUGGAACUCUCUUGCGGGAUGAAGUGUUUGAAGUAUCUUCUGUUUGCUUUUAAUUUCGUAUUUUGGGUUUGCGGAAUCGUAGUGUUAGGAGUUGGUAUAUACAGUCGUAUAAAAGCUAAAGACUGGAGUAGUAUACUUGGCAAUGAUGACUACGUUUUGAGCGUAGCAAACCUUUUGAUAGCCUCUGGUGCAAUUGUAAUGGUAAUUGGAUUUCUUGGUUGUUGUGGCGCAAUGAAAGAAAGUAAAACUAUGUUAGCAUCAUAUGCGGUUCUGUUGAUUCUCAUCUUUUUAAUGGAGAUUGCUGCUGGUAUUUACGCAUAUGUGAAGAAAGAUAAAGUGUUAAAAAAUGUCGCAACAAACACCAAGAAUUCCGUUAUUAAUGAAUAUGGAGGUUCAACUGUUGCUCAGAAAGGGUUUACUGACAGCGUAGAUUACGUACAAAAACAGCUAGAAUGUUGCGGUGCAGAAACACCAAUGGAUUGGAGCUCAUCUAGUUGGUAUAAAAAAAGUAAACCUAAAAAUGAGUCAACUCCACACGCAGUAGUACCAAAUAGUUGCUGUGCUAAAAAUGUGCCUAGUUGCAAUAUUGCGAAAGAUAUUCCUUCUUUACCUAACACUACUUAUUCUGAGGGUUGUAUUGCAAAAGGGAAAGUAUUUGUAAAUGGUCAUAUUUUAGAAAUUGGAGGUGUUGGAGUUGGCAUAGCUUUCAUACAGAUACUUGGAAUUUUUUUCGCUAUAAUGCUAUGCAGAAACCUUGGAUACCAAAAAGUUAAUUAAUUAGCAUCAUAAAUAUAAAUGUAAUCUCUUCGAUCACAUCUUUCACAUUUUAGUUAAAAUAUUCUUUAUUAACUAAAAUGACGUUUGUAGUUUAUUGUAAAAUUUUGAAAAAUCGCAGAAA